AUGGAGCACUCCACUGCGAUUCUCGAAGAUGCGAAAAACGCCAUCGAAGGCGCUGCACAAUCGGCGCCAGGUCCAGACGCUGCGGAGUCGAGCAAGUCCCGCGAGAAGAGAUCAGAUGAAGGCGACGAGGAUAGAUCCAACAAUUACGGCCGUCGCAACAAGAGAAAGGGCAACUUUCACGACAAGAACAUGCAACACGGGUCACGAGGUGGACGUAACGACAGUAAGCGGCAUAAGAAGGGCGAUAUGGGAAGAGCAGAGUAUUUCGCGAGCAAUCCAGACAAGCGUAAAAAGAACGAAGAGGCACAAGAGAGGCGACUGAGAGAAGGUGCUGCAGGACAGGGCAUUCAGUUCUCCAAGGAGGAGAUUGAUGCGGAAGAACGAAAGCCGAAGCGAAAAGUAGCUGUGCUCAUUGGUUAUUCUGGAACUGGUUACAAGGGAAUGCAGAUAUCAGGAACCGAGCGAACCAUCGAAGGCGACUUAUUUCAAGCGUUCGUCAAAGCAGGCGCGAUCAGCAAGGCCAACGCAGAAGAUCCCAAGAAGAGCAGCCUGGUCAGGUGCGCCAGAACAGACAAGGGUGUUCACGCAGCAGGAAACAUGAUCAGCUUGAAGCUUAUUGUCGAAGACGACGACAUUGUGGAGAGGAUCAACGCCGAGCUCAGCCCGCAGAUCCGUGUGUGGGGCAUUGAGCGCACGAUCGGCAGCUUCUCAUGCUACCAAGCUUGUGACAGCAGAUGGUACGAAUACCUAAUACCGUCACAUGCCUUUCUGCCACCACACCCAAGUAGCUGGCUUGCCAAGCAGAUGGAGGCUUGCGCGGACGAAGUAAGCGAUCGAGAGGGCUAUGACAGUCGUCAAGAAGAGGUAAAAGGAUUCUGGGAGAGAGUCGAUGAGGAAGACAUCAAGCCAAUCUUGGAAACGAUCGAUGAGGAUAUCAGAUGGGAUGUGGUCAAGGCAUUGCAAGGCGAGGAAGAAGCCAGUGCCAAGUCAGCCAAAGCAGAUGCUGACGUGGACCAACCUGUCAAGACUGGCAAAAGUAUAAACCGUGAUGAUGCACAAGAGCCCGCAGAGGAGACUACUGAAGAGGCCGCCAUUAUCAUCAACGAGCCGGCUGUUGACGCCGCUGAGGGCGCCGAGAAGAAAGGUGCCCCUGAAGCGUCUGUGACUGAAUCUGUCGCGGAAGCACAGCCAUCUGCGGAUCCCGCUACCGAACGCAUCUUGCGCCUGCGCGCUGCCACGAAACGUCUUCGUAAUGCGUACAUCUCAGCAAAGCGCCGCUACCGCAUCCCGGAGAAACGCAUCGAGCGGAUACAGGAGGCCUUGGACAAGUACGUUGGUACCAAGAACUACCACAACUACACCAUCCAAAAGACUUUCAAGGACCCGAGCAGCAAACGCCACAUCAAGUCAUUCGUGGCCAACAAGAAACCAAUCCUAAUCGGCGACGGCGCAGACGAAGAGAAGACCGAAUGGCUGAGUCUCAAAGUCCACGGCCAAAGUUUUAUGAUGCACCAAAUCCGCAAGAUGAUCGGCAUGGUCACCUUGCUGGUCCGAAGCGGCGGCAAAAUGGAAACCAUGGACGACUCAUUCACCGAGAGCCGCUACUCCAUCCCCAAAGUCCCCGGUCUAGGCCUCCUUCUCGAGCGUCCGGUCUUCGACAGCUACAACAAUCUCCAAGCUACAAAGCAUGGCCGAGACAAGUUGGAGUUCUCAAAGUACGAGAAGGAGCUGGAGGCUUUCAAGGAGAGGGAGAUCUAUCAGCGAAUCUUCCGCGAGGAGGAAGAGAAGAAUGAGUUUGGACGGUUCUUUAAUCACGUGGAUAACUUCAAGGAGCCGUACUUUUUGUAUGUGACGAGUAAGGGUGGGGAUGCCACGAAGGAUAUUGAGAGGAAGGGGACGGCGGACUCUUUCGAAUAA